UUUAUCCUUCUUAAGUUUGUUUUUUCACUUUUGUUUGUUUGUGUGUUUUACUUUUAUCACGAUAUGCACGUCGAAACCCAGAAGGUAAAAAUCUCUUAAUUUCUUAUAAUUCUUCUUCUCUCCCAAGAGGCGUUUUCGUUAUUAAUUUAUAUAAAGGCAGAUUUAUUUGGAAGUCCUUUGUUUACACACAAACCAAAUAUAUAAAUAACAUUGUUGCAUAUCUAUCUAUAUGAAUGUAUGUAGACAUGACCUAUGUAUUGAUGGUGCAAUUAUAUAUAUAAUCAUUAUCAUCUGGUGCUUUUGUAAAAUCUAUCUAUCAUUAUUAACCUGUUGUUUCACUCAUAUCAUCUCUCUUACCUUUCUCUUUAACUCCUUUAGUUGCUAAAAAAAAAAAAAAACAGAGGAAGCAAAAUGGCACUUACUUGGACUCAUAAAGACAGAGGAGAAAUUAGGGUUCAUGAGAAUUUGCAGGAACUAAGCAUAGACUUGGUAGAUUAUAUAGCUGAGGUAUCAGAAGCAUCAAUUAAAGAGCAUGGUGCUUUCUGCAUUGUGUUGUCAGGAGGCUCUCUCAUUAGUCUGAUGGGAAAAUUGAUCGAGCCACCUUACGACAAGAUUAUAGAUUGGGCGAAAUGGUAUGUCUUUUGGGCGGAUGAGCGCGUAGUAGCUAAGAGUCAUGACGAUAGCAACUACAAACUCGCCAAGGACAAUCUCCUCUCCAAGGUCAAUGUGUUUCCGAGACAUAUAUGUUCGAUUAACGACACAGUUUCGGCGGAGGAAGCUGCAGCAGAGUAUGAGUUCGCCAUCAGGCAGAUGGUGAGAACAAGAACUGUGGCUGCAUCUGAUAACAGUGACUGUCCCAAGUUUGAUCUGAUCUUGCUUGGGAUGGGAUCGGAUGGGCAUGUAGCCUCGCUCUUCCCAAACCACCCAGCACUUUUGGUGAAGGAUGAUUGGGUCACGUUCCUAACUGACUCUCCUAAACCGCCACCGGAGAGAAUCACAUUCACUUUACCCGUCAUUAACUCAGCUGCUAGAGUUGUUGUAGUAGCCACCGGCGAAUCCAAAGCCAAUGCUAUCCACUUAGCUAUCGAUGAUUUGCCCAAACAAGAGAGCUCUUUGUCCCUGCCUGCAAGGCUAGUCCACCCAAGCAAUGGGAAUCUGAUCUGGUUUAUGGAUAAACCAGCGGGGUCUAAACUUGACAAGGUUUAAAUUUUCCGAGUAGGACUUAGAUAUUGUUCUUUGUUCCAAAAGCGAAUGGUUCUUUUUUUAUCAGUGAUGACCCUUUUUGUAUGAAGAGCAUCCGGUUUAAAAACAUGUUUUUUUUUUCAACUUUUCUAACCAA